GAUGCACAGGUGAGGUCUUUAUAAACAGUGAGAGGGCAUAGGAAAACCCAGAAGUGGUUGUUUCCCCCUAAGACAGACAGACUCGUCUCCAGACUCUACAGAACACAGUUGUCUUCUCUCCACGGAUCAAGCCCUAUCAGACUGAGAGACAUGUCCUCCUCCUCUCUCCCGUGGUGCCUGCUGGUGGUGUGUGUUCUGACUGUGGUCCAGAUCUAUGCAGCAGAGGAACCUAUGGUCCUCAAGGUGUUCAACCUCCAUGCCACUGACCUGCAGAGCAGCCUGCUAGGGACCCCUGAUGCCUACGUCGAGGUGUUCAGAGCGCACGGCUUUCUCGGGAGGACAGAGGUGAAGAACAACAACCACGACCCCAGCUGGAAGGAGGAGUUCAGCUUCCUCAACGCCCGUGAGAACAACAUCUUGAGGUUGGAGGUGUACGACAGCGACAUUUUCUUCGACAACCUGCUGGGGACCUGCGAGCGCGCCAUCAAGAUUGGAACUUGGCAACAUAAAUGUUUCCUGAAGACAGGCGGGAUCCUGAACUACUCCUACACCCUAGAGCCUCUACAGUAGACCCUGUACUACUCCUACACCCUAGAGCCUCUACAGUAGACCCUGUACUACUCCUACACCCUAGAGCCUCUAGAGUAGACCCUGUACUACUCCUACACCCUAGAUCCCCUACAGUAGACCCUGUACUACUCCUAUACCCUAGAGCCUCUACAGUAGACCCUGUACUAGUCCUACACCCUAGAGCCUCUACAGUAGACCCUGUACUAGUCCUACACCCUAGAGCCCCUACAGUAGACCCUGUACUACUCCUACACCCUAGAGCCUCUAGAGUAGACCCUGUACUACUCCUACACCCUAGAUCCCCCUACAGUAUACCCUGUACUACUCCUAUACCCUAGAGCCUCUACAGUAGACCCUGUACUAGUCCUACACCCUAGAGCCUCUACAAUAGACCCUGUACUAGUCCUACACCCUAGAGCUCUUACAGUAGACCCUGUACUACUCCUACACCCUAGAGCCUCUAUAGUAGACCAUGUAUUAGUCCUACCCUACACCCUAGAGCACCUAGCCUAGCAUAGAGCCCCUCCAUCAACUACUGUAAUCCAACAAUACUCAGCUAGAGUAGCUAGACCUCCUCCUCCAUUGUCUGACCCCUCAUCUGUUACAUUGCUUUCUCAUUCCAAAUCAAAUCAAAUCAAACCUUAUUGAAGCCAGCCGCCGCCAUAUCGGUUCUCCUCAUAAAGAGCAGCCCUCCAUAGGAUGUCACGGACAAAAUUACAUGUAUUUAAGUCUUUCUUUGUUGUAGUGGGGACAGUAACAUUGGUACUCUCUAAAAACGCUACUUUAUUAUACUUUAAAAGUAUGCAUUAAGGCAUAUAUAAUAGAUUAUACUUGGCAAAAACAAAUGUUGACAACAAUAAAUGUAUUUCUAUAUAA